AUGACCUAUGAAAAUAAUAUUGAACAGAACCCAUACUUUUAUAACGCUAUUCAUACCAACAAUAACAAUGAAAGGGAUUAUGCUUUUCAUGUUAGAGAAGAUCUUGAAGUAACAGCAAAGAUAAAGAAAAUAGAAACAGAUGGAGUGUUAUUAGAACUACAUGCAACCUUCCAGUCAGGAGUCACUACAAUAAUAG